CUAGCGCUCUGUAUCCCCCGUUUCUUCCAGCUGCAUCUUGUCACGAGCUACCGACCCGUCUGCUCCACACAUACCAAGCUAGCUUCACUUUUUUCCGUGUGCGGCAAGGUGAUGCAUACGUACCCAACCCUCGGCUGUAUAUAAAGGCCGCCCCCUCCUCCCAAUUGAUUCAACUCACAUUUGCAAUCGACCAAAGAGCAUCAGUAAACUUCGCUGGUGUCCUGCGACUCCUGCAUCAACAUCGAGCUAGAUAAAUAUAUAGAGAUGGCGCCUAAUGGUGACGCGGCGGUGGCGGCGAGGCCGCAGCAGACGCAGAAGCCGGCGCCGCGGAGGAAUAUCUCGAUGGGCGGGCUGCAGCGCGCGAUGUCGGACCUGGCGCUAGAGUUCAUGAUCAGCAACGACAUCAUCACCACCACCGGCAACAGCAAGAAGCAGCUGCCGGCGGUGUCGGAGCAGCAGGAGCAGGAGGCGGCGGUGGGGGAGGCGCGGUGCGAGUGCUGCGGGAUGACGGAGGAGUGCACGGCGGAGUACGCGGCGCGCGUGCGGGACCGGCACUGCGGGCGGCUCGUGUGCGGCCUCUGCGCCGCGGCCGUCAGCGCUAGCGGCGGCCGGACGGAGACGACGAUGGAGGAAGCGCUGGCGAAGCACAUGGGCGUGUGCGGGAGGUUCAACCGCGUGGGGCGGGCGAACCCGGUGCUCAUGCAGUCGGAGGCCAUGAGGGAGAUGCUCAAGAAGAGCAGGGGCAAGUCCACCAGCCCCAGGGCCGGCGCCGGACGCCUCGCCAGGAGCUCCAGCUGCAUCUCUGCCAUCACCAAGGACCUCAACCUCCGUCAAAUGAAUAAUUAAGGAGUGGAUCCAUCUUCGUCAUAAAAAAAGCAAAAAAAGAACCAUAUGUACCAAGACAGUACUCCGUAGUAGUAUUAGUAAAGCUUCGAUUAAAAAGGCAAAAUCUUGUGUAGGUGCGAAGCUGUUUCCCUGUUCUUUUUCGUUCUACACUCCAUCUGAUGUGUGUACCAUGUGUACGCUUAUUAGUUUUUUUUAAGUACCGUGUAUAUACAUGUACAUACUUGGCACCAUGUAUUUUAUAAGUAUACACUCAUGUAUAUAUGUUGAACGAAAGUGCCGUGUGUAUUCUCAA